GGGGAGAUGACGGUGACGCCCCUCGACUUCGCGGCAAUCACAGGGCUCAGGGUCGGCGGAGACCCGAUCCCUUACGACUCGAGCUUGGUGCUGGACGACGCGGCUCUGAGGUGGUUCCUGGGGCGAGUGCCACGCCACAGCGGAGGGAUGGCAGCUUACGGGCAGUUCGUGGAGUACUGGGACCACGAGCCCGCGUCUGACGAGGAGGCGGCCCAGAUGGCCCGGGCGUACCUACUAUACUUGUUUGGGGCUUCUCUGUUCCCAAACAGGCGUAGCCGGGUGCACCUGUGCUAUCUAGCGGGCUUGGUGGACUUGGGACAGGCGGGGCGCUUCGACUGGGGAGGUGCUGCUCUGUGCACGCUCUACUGUCUCCUUGGAGCUGCUUCUCGCGGGGUUGGAGAUACAGUCGGAGGGUACUGGCGGGUGUUUGAGCUUUGGGCUUACGAGGUUCUCGGGAUGUUCCCGCCCGAGAAUACUUGUACGGACCCGAACCUACUUCCGCGUGGCUUAGCCUGGGGUAAGGCGUACCGGAGGGCGAAGGAGCGACGAGGGGAGGUGAUGACUUUUCGGCGCUGGCUGGAUAAUCUGACAGGGGUUGUGGUACGAUCGACAUCUCUUGCUUUUCUUUUAUCAAAUUUUUCGGCUAAUGGACUUAUGAAUGGAUCCCAAAAUUUGAAUUGCAGGUUCACUGGGACCGGUGGGCGGGGAUGGAGGCUGAUUUCCUCCAGAGGAGUCGGGAGGUGACGCGGAGCAGGGUCCUGCUGGAGUGCCCUCUGGGCUGGCAGUGGUACCUGGGGGAUCGAGUGACUCGACAGUCACUCGGACUUCCAGCAUUUGUGGUUCCCGGGCUGCUUCCUCCGCGCGUGCAGAGGACUGAGUCCUACACUCGUGCUGAGCUCGAGCUGU